CGCGUCCCCGUUUGAUGACAGCUGUGAGGCUGUGGCUGUUGCUAAAGGGAGGAGAAAAUCUCACGACGGAUGGCUUUUUAUCUCGUUCAUUCGCAGCUAGAACCUUUGGAGUACUGAAACGAGAACUUAACUGUAAAACCCACGCAUAACACUCGCGACUGAAUUCAGUACUUCACACCCAGCCGUCAAAUUAGUCGCGCCGUGGCUCAUCUGAACGAUGGUGAAGCCAGACAUUCACACUCUGGCCCACCACCUGAAGCAGGAACGGCUGUAUGUGGCGUCUGAGAAACAACUCAUCCAGCGGCUCAACAACGAGGUCCUAAAGACAGCAGAGAGGCUCUGUCGCGCAGCCUGGAUCGCCAAACAGCAACGGAUCAACCUCGACCGCCUCAUCCUCACUAGUGCGGAGGCCUCUCCUGCAGAAUGCUGUCAGCAUGCCAAGUUUCUGGAGGACACACAGUUUGUGGAUGGUUAUAAGACACUUGGCUUUCAGGAGAGCAUCUAUGGGGAGUUCCUGGGCCGCUUGAGGGAGAACCCGCGAUUGGUGGCAUCCUGUCUGGUGGCAGGAGAGAGACUCGGUCAUGAACACACACAGGGGGUCAUACACACAGUCUUCACCUCACUCUAUGGCAACUGCAUCAUGCAAGAAGAUGAAUGCUACCUGCUGCAGGUGCUACGUUAUUUGGUGGAAUUUGAGCUAAAGGAAAGUGACAACCCUCGUCGUCUGUUACGGCGAGGCACUUGUGCCUUCAGCAUCCUCUUCAAACUCUUCUCAGAGGGCCUGUAUUCAGCUAAGCUUUUCCUCACUGCAACCCUCCACGAGCCCAUCAUGCAGUUGCUGGUGGAGGACGAGGACCAUCUAGAGACAGAUCCAGCCAAGCUGAUAGAACGCUUUACCCCGGCCCAGCAGGAGCGCCUGUUUGGGGAAAAAGGCACAGAUGAGUACCGGAGAAAAGUUCAGGCAGCGGUGGAGGCCAACGAAGCCAAACUGGUGGCCCUGGUCAAUACCUUUAUCAACUACCUGAAACAGAACACCUAUUGCUUCCCACAGAGUCUGCGCUGGAUUGUUUCUCAGAUGUAUAAGACGCUGGCACGUGUGGAGAGGUUAGAGGUCGGGGAGGUGAGGAUGAUGUGCACCGACUUGCUGCUCACAUGCUUCAUCUGUCCAGCCAUCGUCAACCCUGAACAGUAUGGCAUCAUCUCCGAUGCACCUAUCAAUGAGGUGGCACGUUUCAACCUCAUGCAGGUGGGGCAGUUGUUGCAGCAGUUAGCAAUGUCUGAUGCAGAUGAUGGAGAUCCUCGACGUAAAAGCAGUUUAUCCAAGUUUGAUAAGAUGUGUGUUGCUGCGUUUUUGGACGUUGUCAUUGGUGGAAGAGCUGUCGAGACUCCACCUAUGUCGUCAAUGAAUUUACUAGAGGGCCUCACACUGACGGUGGUUUACAUGACUCAUAAUCAGCUUUUUGCUCUGGUGGACUUUGUGCGUAGUGUCACUGCAGGAGAUCAGCUCAGAGAAGAAGACCACCUGGCUCUGGAAACCCUAAUAGCCCAUGUACCUCAGUCCCGCACGACAAAGAGCAACAGUCUGGAGCUCACACCUUCGAACACGCCCCAGCUCUCCCCAGUUACCACACCCGCCAACAAGAAGAACAGACUCCCUAUUGGACAACAGUUGGCAGCCAUAACGUGUUGGGAGCCCUCUGCCACUGCCCUGUCCGCUCAUAUACCCUUAGUGACCCCAUUUGCAGGCUCUCGCAGCCGAAGCCGAACUAACAUGGCCCAGGAGGGUGAGAUUGAAGCCAGCUCUCUGGAGUCUCUGCAGGAGGUCACACCUGAAGAAGUGCUAGUCAUCUCGCUGGGGACCUCACUGCAGACCGUACCUGGGAUGAUGUCUGAAAACGAGGUUCUGACUCUGCAUCUUGGAGAUGGUGGACAAGGAGACGCCCCUGUUGAUGACACCAAACUGCAUGGCAAACCUGACAAAACGCUGCGCUUCUCACUCUGCAGUGACAACCUGGAGGGCAUUUCUGAGGGGCCGUCUAACCGCUCCAAUUCAGUUUCUUCUUUGGACUUGGAGGUAGAGUCUGUGUCAGAAGUUGGACCAGGACCGUCUGGUAGCAAUGGUGCAGAGGCCUUGCAGCUACUGGAACAUGAACAAGCCACUACACAGGAUAAUUUGGACGAUAAGCUUCGUAAGUUCGAGAUUCGGGACCUGAUGGGACUAACAGAAGACAGAGACAUUUCAGAGACGGUCAGUGAGACUUGGAGCACUGACGUCCUGGGCAGUGACUUUGAUCCCAACAUGGAUGAGGACCGACUUCAGGAGAUAGCAGGGGCUGCUGCAGAGAAUGCAUUGGGCAGCAUGCUGUGUCUGCCGGUGCUUCUGGACCCAUACGGUUCAACCAUCUCUGAGACAACCAGUGAGGCGUGGAGUGUGGAGGUUCUGCCGAGUGACUCAGAAGCUGCAGACCUGAAGCAGGAAGAGCGACUGCAGGAGCUGGAGAGCUGCUCAGGUGUGGGUAGCACUUCAGAUGACACCGAGGUCAGAGAGGUCAGCUCCCGACCCAGCACCCCGGGACUCAGUGUUGUUUCAGGCAUCAGUGCCACAUCAGAGGACAUCCCCAAUAAGAUUGAAGACCUACGCUCAGAGUGCAGCUCAGAUUUUGGAGGCAAAGACUCCGUGACCAGCCCAGAUGGAGAGGACUCUGCUCAUGGAGCUCACAGUCAAUCCUGCGCACCCUCUCAAACAGAUUCACUGCUGGCCAUGUUCGAUCCCCUCUCCUCUGGAGAAGGUUCAUCCACUGGCACCAUCGUGCGACCCAAGGUGCACUAUCCCCGGCCCCUUCACCCUCCCCCUGACCCGCCCAUUCCAGAGGCCAGCAUAACAGGCUACCAGGAGCCUCGUCCACCCCUCUUCGCCCCCCACCUGGUGCAGAGUGACCUGGAGCAUCCCAAACAGAGGCACUCUUUCCCUGAAAGGCUGGUCAGGAGCCGCAGCACAGAUGUGAUGUCCGCUGGCCGCAGACCCACCAGUGACCCCGGACUGAACCGCAGGACCAUGAUGGAGGAGAGAGACCCGGCUGGGGCUUAUUCCACAGGACCCACCUCCUCGCCCAGCAAGGAUUCACUCAAAGGAGAAUCCGAGGACAGAAAAGAUAGCGAUGAUGAGAAGUCUGACAGGAACAGACCCUGGUGGAAGAAGCGCUUUGUUCCUGCCAUUCCUAAAGUGUUCUAUUGGACUGCAGAGGGUGAACUCCCAGUGCCGAUCUCUGGGCUCCGAAAGCGGGACAAGCCGGAAAAAGAUGAGCAAGGAGUGGAGAGGGUACCACAAGGUAUACCAGAUGAGCCUUCAGCGCUCAGGCAGAGCUCUAAGACCCAGUCAGCGGAGGCAAUAAUGGACAAGUACAAGUACAUCAUGGAGAGACGACCCACUCACAGCGAUGGGGCACUUGCUGGAACUUAUGUUGGACAAGAGCCUUGUAGAGAGGUAGACAGUGAGCAUGAUUCCCCUAAAGAUGAAGCUCUGCAGAACAUCUCUGCAGAUGACCUUCCAGACUCUGCCAGUCAGACAGCACCCCCUCAAGACAAGACAUUCUCCUUCAGUGAUAUUAAGAAAAAGCUACGCCUGGCGCUGUGCUCUGCAGAUUCUGUUGUAUUUCCCAUCAUUCCACCAGCAACAACACGUAAUGGUCUCCCAGACCAUGGAGAUCCCGAAGACAACGAGAUCGUGUGCUUUCUGAAGGUGCAGCUGGCGGAGGCCAUUAACCUGCAGGAUAAGAACCAGAUGGCUCAGAUCCAGGAGACCACGCGCUGCGUCAGCCACCUCGACCCCCGCACCUGCAGAAAACUGCUCACUGCCAUGGCAGAGGACUAUAGGAAACGGGCUCCAUACAUUGCCUACCUGACACGGUGCAGGCAAGGCCUGCAGACAUCUCAGGCUCAUCUGGAGCGACUCCUGCAGAGAGUGUUGAGAGAUAAAGAAGUGGCCAACCGCUACUUUACCACCGUCUGUGUCCGACUGCUCCUGGAACACAUGGAGUCAAAGAUGCUUGACUUCAUCAAAGCAUUUCAGGGCUGCACAGCAUCUGAUGAUAAGACAGCAGCCGUGGAGGAUUUCCUGCGUUACCUGUAUGGAGCCAUGGCCCAUGAUGCCAUCUGGCAGUACGCCAGUGAAGAGCAGCUCCAGGAUGCCCAGAUGGCCAUCGAACGCAGCGUCAUGAACCGCAUUUUCAAACUGGCAUUCUACCCCAAUCAGGAUGGGGAUAUUCACAGAGAUCAGCUAUUACUGGAGCACAUUCAGCGUCUGUCCAAAGUGGUGACAGCCAAUCACAAAGCCCUGCAGAUCCCGGAGGUCUAUUUGAAGGAGGCACCAUGGCCCUCAGCACAGGCUGAGAUCAGGACCAUCAACGCCUAUAAGACCCCGCGAGAUAAAGUACAGUGUAUCCUGCGCAUGUGCUCCACAAUUAUGAACCUGCUCAGUCUGGCCAAUGAGGACGCUGUACCCGGGGCUGAUGACUUUGUCCCAGUGCUCGUCUUUGUCCUGAUUAAAGCAAACCCUCCCUGCCUUCUGUCCACCAUUCAGUACAUCAAUAAUUUCUACGCCAGCAGACUGAGCGGGGAGGAGUGCUACUGGUGGAUGCAGUUCACUGCCGCCGUGGAAUUCAUUAAAACCAUCGACGACCGCAAGUGAAGCAGAACAGCCACCUGUAUGGACAGACUGUAGGAAGGAGAGAGAGAGACAGAGAGAGAGGGAGAGAGAGAGGACAGCGCGGAUGACUACUCUCCCCUUCAUCGAGAACGCACAGUGUGGCAUCGCCUCAGUCUGUAUAGUUGUACAUAGAGGCAAAAACACUUCAAGUUUAAAAUCGAUCAAAUAUUAGAUAUGAUCAUGACAGGUUUUACUGCGCUGGGGUAUUAAACAAAUGAAAACAAAUAAUGCGGCAGGUGGUAACAUUGCCACUCACUACUGAUCUCGCUUAUAACCCACGUGUUUUUCUGUAUUACUGGGGAGGUGCUGGGACUUAGAAUCAAAUUUUAUAUUAAACACAGAUUUAGCAAGUAAUUAGCUCUGUUAAAAUAUACCUAUCAACUGAAAAAGGGACCAGGAACUACCUGUAUCGAUCAUGUGUCGGAACGCUUCUGAGGGGUCCUCCUUGUAUAAACGGUGCAAUCUCAUCCUGUUCAAAGCUAACAGUCACAUGCCGAGUCAUAUCAAAGAACGCAUCACUGUAGAUGCUGCCAGUGUAUCAAUGUUACAGUUUAUCAAAUUAAACAUGCCAUUAUUUUAAUAGGGCAGCUUGUUCUAUGAAUGUAAACAGGUGUUGUCAUUAUUGUACAUUCAAUCUUUCCUACGUUUCCCAGACAAUUUGGAAAUAAGGGCCCACAUAUUUAUAUAAAAUAAAAUGUAUUUAUUACCUAA